GAACACACACUCUUACAUACUAAACUUGCAGUAGCACCUGAACUGAACCUACCCAACAUGGCUCCUAUUGAGAUUCCAACAGUGGUGCUUCCAAACUCAUCUGGGCAACAGAGGGUGCCCGUGAUUGGAAUGGGUUCUGCCCCUGAUUUCACUUGUAAGAAAGACGCAAAAGCUGCAAUCAUCGAGGCCAUCAAGCAGGGUUAUAGACAUUUUGACACUGCUGCUGCAUAUGGCUCUGAACAGGCUCUUGGUGAAGCCCUCAAAGAAGCUCUUCAACUUGGCCUUGUCACGCGUGAUCAACUCUUCGUCACUUCCAAGCUUUGGGUCACUGAUAAUCAUCCUCAUCUUGUUGUCCCUGCUUUGCGCAAAUCGCUUAGAACUCUUCAACUAGAGUACUUGGACCUCUAUCUCAUCCACUGGCCACUGAGUUCCCAGCCAGGAAAAUUUUCGUUUCCAAUUGAGGUAGAGGAUCUCUUGCCAUUUGAUGUGAAGGGUGUGUGGGAAUCCAUGGAAGAGUGCCAGAAACUUGGCCUCACCAGAGCCAUAGGAGUCAGCAACUUCUCUGUCAAGAAGCUUCAAAAUCUUCUCUCAGUUGCUUCCACCCGUCCUGCAGUCAAUCAAGUGGAGAUGAACCUUGCAUGGCAACAGAAGAAGCUAAGAGAGUUUUGCAGUUCAAAUGGUAUAGUGAUAACUGCUUUUUCACCGUUGAGGAAAGGUGCCAGUAGGGGACCAAAUGAAGUGAUGGAGAAUGAUGUGCUGAAAGAGAUCGCUGAGGCUCAUGGCAAGUCCAUAGCCCAAGUUUGUUUGAGAUGGUUGUAUGAACAAGGAGUCACUUUUGUGGCCAAGAGCUAUGAUAAGGAGAGGAUGAACCAAAAUUUGCACAUCUUUGAUUGGGCCUUGACACAAGAGGAUCACCACAGAAUUGAUCAAAUCAAGCAGAGCCGUUUGAUCGGUGGACCAACCAAGCCCCAACUCAAUGAUCUCUGGGAUGAUGAAAUAUAGACUUUAUAGUUAUCCAUGUAUGCCUCCAAAUUGCUUUUAAUAGUUAAUGUUCCUAAAGCUGAAAGAUAGAGCUGUGAGUGAGCUCUAUCUGCUUGUGUGAGUCUUGAAAUAAUUUUAUUCCACUUUGUAUUUUAUUUUACACAGUUGAAAUGUUUGAUGAUAAUACAUAUUAAUAUGG